CACUAAAUUGCCACUUAUAACCACCUACAACCACUUAUAAUCCCUUACGAGCUACAAGCCCUUUAUAAAGCACUAUCUGUCACCACCUACGGCCACUUACGGGCCACUUAGACGCAGCUUCCAUCGCCAACCGACACCACCACCAACAGCCUUAGCGAAGUCCACUUCCUCUGGGUUUGAUUGUUGAUUGUCCGACUGCCCGAGUGCCCCGCCGUAGCGCAUCUGGCUGCCUGUCUGUACGGGAGUGCAGUACUGGCUGGACUGGCUGCAACCAACUGGCGUGGGUCGUACUUCCCCUCCUCCUCUCCCCUCCCUUGCCUCGCCCGACCGACCAUCAAGGUCACCUCAUACUAUCUUCCCCUCCAUAAGAAAAGCCACUACAAGGCGGCACUACACCAAUGAAAUAAUACACCUUCAAGGCUUCAUACCAGAACAUCCUUCUAUCAACUUCAUCAGAACAUCGUGAAACGUGUGACGGCUUGUCAAACUUACAUCUAGCAAAAGGCAACCCAAGGCAAGGCUCGCUAUCUUAUCUACAUUCAUCCGUCACCUGCCUGUCUAUCAAGUGCACGGCGGGUGCGGGGCUGAAUCCAUCAUCGAACAUCAAACAUCAACUUCACCUUUCAAGAAGGAUCACACUCGCCUUCCAAGGCAGUUCGUGCAGAACACCACUGGUAUCACCAUGUCGGAUACUAUUCAAGCAAAGGUUACCCUCACAGCCUUGACGGCAGGCAUCUUCCCCUUGAUUCGUAUACUCCAUCUACACGAAUAUAAUGAGUCCAUCCCGAUCGGCCGAUCCUCGAAGAACCCUCUGAAGCACCUCGUCGCAGCUACAGACAACUGCUGGGUCGAUAGCGAUGUUGUGUCCCGAGACCAUGCACGCCUCAAUUUUGACUCGGAUCUGAAGAGAGUAUUCAUCGAGGACACCAAUUCGAUGCAUGGCACCCGCAUCAACAACAGACAGAUCCCCAAGAACGACCCUAUCCCCCUGGCCAACGACGACGUUAUAUCGCUCGGUGCAGAGGUCAAGCGAGGCAUCGAGACCUACCCAGAGUGCCGCUUCCAGGUUAAUUAUGAGCUUCUGCCGUAUUUCCCGUCCACGGGACGCACCUAUCAGCUCCUCUCCGACGAUGAACCCUUUGAGAUUUCAGAUGACGAACCCUUUGAGGUUUCAGAUGAUGACGAAGAAAUCCAAAGAAAGGACAGUCCUUCCACCUCCACUCCUGAAGCGAAGCCGAAUAUGAUGCCGGGAGCCUUGGAUGCCACGGCAGACGAUGACGAUGUCGUCGAGGUCGACCCACCUGUGUACGAGUUUUCAAGACUCCCCACCGAGACAGCAAAGCCCUUCCAGGCUGAUGUCGAAUCCGUCGACGAGCCAAUGGAGGUCUCGGAUUCUGACGACGAUUCUAUUGCCUCGAGUGACCGUGAACCAUCUGAGCGACCGAUUGGACGAGGCUCUUCCGUGGAAAUCACGGCAGAACGCGCAUCUGUCCGAGCAGGCGUUGAAGCCGAUGAUAAUAACCUUGAAAUUUCAAGCGAUUCUGGGAUCGAAUUCUCGGACGAUCAAGCUUCUUGGCCUGACUCCGACAACUCUGACGAGGACAUUGACGACUUCUUAGACGACGACUUUCUGGCGGCCUACGGAUCCCCUAAACCUGGCUUCGAUACAUCUGUACCAGCCGAACCCGGAACCAACCUAUCCAAUACACCUCCUCAUGACCCAACGACUGAAAGCCAGCCCCAGUUGUUGAACCCAAAAUCAAGCACCCACCUCCCAGGAAUCGAACAAAUCGAACAUGCCGUGUCUCCAAACACGCAGGCCCCGCUUGCGCCCAUGUUCCCACCCCUCGUCCCAAUUAGAGUUGACUCUGCUACCCUGAAGCUUAUCGACCUAGAUACCGAACAGCAGCCAACCCCCGUCAUACCCUUUUCCAUGCCGAGCCCUUCUGACGCAGCCCUCAAGGGCCGUCGGUCCACGACACCGCCGUGGCGGACGGAGAAACAAGAGUUCCUCGCCGCACGUGUAGAUAAUCGUGCUAAGUUUGCGACCCAUUGGAUGGAUAUGGGGCCUCUGAAGCACACAGCUGUGGGAGGCGAGUCGUCUGCUGCAGGUGGCUCUUUAGGUGGUUUUGCGCCUAAGCCAAAUGAAUAUAAUGAGGAGGAGAAGCCUAGCUCUACCAGCAAUAGCAUGAUCCCGGAGGGCGUCGUGUCACUGCGAGAGAAGCCGUCCGUCCAGGCGAUGUUGUUGGAGUCUCCGAAGGAGCUACCCCUGAAGCGCAAGAUGGAUGAAAUUACGGUUGACGAACCUCUUGUAGUUACCAAGGCUCCUGAGACAGCGCAGGCUAUUGCCUCUGCGAGGAAUAUCAAGGCCAUAUCUGAUGCGAGGGCUAUGAGGAGAGCACAAGCACUUACAGCUGUUUAUGGACAUGAUAAGGCAAUAGGGGCUGCGAACAUACAUAUGACAACGGUUACUGCCACAGGUACAGUCUCCAACACGCUGGCAAAGGCAGACAACCCCACCCCAGCGCCUACACCUGCUGUCAAAUCCACAAUUGCAGCCGCGACCUCAGCGGCAUCGGCAGCCAGUGUCGAGCCCACGCAACAAGAAAAUGAGCGGCCAGCAAAACGCCAGAAGCAGGAGGCAACGAAGGCUGCAAAACGAUUCGCAUAUGCAACAUUUAGCGGCUUCGUGGCGGGCGCGGGUUUGUUUGUUGCCCUGGUGGCAACAGCACCAGAUUUCGGGGGAUUCAUGUGAAGUGAGGUUCUUGAUCUCAGAUCGGCUGGAGACAGUUGCACGCAUGUACGCAUGCACGAAUGCACGUACGCACGCACGAAUGCACGUACGCACGCGCGUAAACGAAUAACGGCCCCUACUAUUUUUUCAUGUGUGUGGAAGGGGGUUUAAUAUCUGCAGCGAUUCUUUGAAAUGAGGUAUUUGGGUGUUUAGGGCGUUUAUUGUGGCGAGGGAGGGGAUAUCGAGCGUUAUGGGCCACAAUUUUUCGGAGAGUGUAGGAUGGGGCUUGAGCUAUAGUUUGCCUUUGGGGUUUGGAGUCGGCAAUGAGGUGAGGUAGAUGAUUAAUAUGAUUAUGAACUUUUAUUGACACGCGUUGUUUUGUGUUUAUUUUGAGGGGAGGGGUAUUUGUUUGCCAUUGUGGGUUUGUCAUUCUAAUUGCGGGGAUGAAAAAUAAUAAAGUAAGGGGAUAAGUGUCACCGCUUAAAAUAUUCCUUUCCCAAAAAUAAUAUAUAUAAUAAUAAAUUGAACCUACAUAUCUACC